UUUACUUUUCUUUCCUACUGCAGUCCUGAAGGAGUUAAGCUAAGAUCAAAAAUUUCACUUGUGAAGUAUUUGCAGAGAAUUGGUGAGACCACGCUAAAAGCAGAAAACUUUGAUUUCACAGCUCCUCAUCAGAGGAGUACCCCUCCGAGGGUGAAAAGAUCCGGCACAAAAACUGCAGGAACUGUUUUGGAGAAUGGGGAUUGUCACAGUCAAGUGCAAGACUUCAGUGGACAAAAGGGUGCAGAGGGUGAUGUUCAGAACAUUCAGACUGGAAAUGAACACCUGGAAGAUGUUUCAUCUGCUCUGGAAAGUGAAGAUUUGGUCGUGAAAGGCGUAAACCCAGAGGACUGUUUGAAAACCAAAAGGAAGAGGGUGGGUGGAAAAAGUUUUCAGAAUAAGAAAACUGUAAGGAGCUCAGAAAAGAGGAAUCGAGGGAAUACCCAAAACAAAAGGCAGAGAAGAGUAUGUAACAAACAGGAGACGGAGUGCGUUCAAAGCAAGAAGCUCUGUAGGCAGGCAGAGACGUGUGUCGCUGGUAGCCAGGGUGCAGGGGAUCAGAACACAGACCCUGAGGGUGCGGGAAAGACUCUGCUGAGCACAUCCAGGUCCCGCUCAGACGCACGGCAAAGGUCUUUGAGAACGCUGGAGAGCUGGGCAGAGGGCGUGGAGACAGGCUCUAAUGACUCACCUGCCCCGGAAUCUGAGGAGAAAACCCACGGACUGAAAACUGGGGAAAAGACAGAUCGAGGGAGUCCAGAGGAGUGUAUCCCACAAACACAAGUGGAACGGAGGAAGACAAGUCCAUAUUUUUCAAGUAAAUACAGUAAAGAAGCUCCCAGCCCACCUAGAAGGAAGGCCCUCAGAAAAUGGACUCCUCCACGUUCUCCUUUUAAUCUGAUCCAGGAAACACUUUUCCAUGAUCCAUGGAAACUUCUCAUUGCAACCAUAUUUCUCAAUAAAACUUCAGGUAAAAUGGCAAUUCCUGUGCUCUGGGAGUUCCUUAAGAAGUAUCCCUCUCCUGAAAUAGCCAGGGAUGCAGACUGGAAAGAGAUGUCAGAGCUGCUGAAACCUCUCGGCCUCUACGAACUCAGAGCAAAAACUAUCAUCAAGUUCUCUGGUGAGUACCUGGGCAAGUGCUGGAGGUACCCGAUCGAGCUGCACGGCAUCGGCAAGUACGGGAACGACUCCUACAGGAUCUUCUGUGUCAACGAGUGGAAGGAGGUGCAGCCGCAGGACCACAAGCUGAGCGUGUACCACACCUGGCUCUGGGAGAACCGCCAGAGGCUGAAACUUGAGUGAGGGAAGGCAGCCCCCCUGCCCCGGCCCUGCCCUGGGCCCCCGCUCACCCCCAUCCUAAUGUAAAUGUUGUGUUUGCUCAGGGCAGGGGUGCAAUGAAAUGGUUAAAAUCUCCAUACUUUUUUUAAUAAAGGUGUCCCAGUUGUG